UCUCAUUUCCAUCAUAUCACUGCCAUUAGGAUUUUUCCUCACUUCAUCAUCUUCUGGUCCGAUUCCCAAGUGGCAUCAAUAGAUCCCUGUAAUCUCCCACUACUAGAGAUAUCUUUGUGUGAAACAAGGAGAAAACAAACCAGCCUUUUGGGAGUCCUCCAGGAUUGGGUGGCCUAUAAAUUUAACAAAUGAAAUCAAUGAAUGAAAAGAAAAGUGUGGUUUGUCUAUCUGGUUAGGUUGCAUCCCUUCCACUUUCUCUUCUGCAAAGUGAGAAGCAGGAUCUGGGGAGGAGAAGGAAGAAGGCGUGGUUGGCUAACACUCUGAAAGACACAUGACAUCGAUGGCUGCAAUGCCAGGAAAAAAUGGGCGUCUCUAAUUGUGACCUCGAUUUGCAUGUCCUGGUUGCUUUCAACAUCUAAUUGCUAGAUUGUCAGUAGAAGCAUGAAAGAAGGGCAAGAAUUUCCAAGAAUUGUUGCAGCAUUUGUCACGAGUAUCACAAAAUUUGCAUAGGAGAUAUUCACCAUUAAGGAGAAUCUUAGGCCAAUAAACUGAGUGAAUUAAGGAAUGAGGUUGGAAGACUUCUACCUAUUUGUGUCCAUUUUAUUUUAGGUAAUAUGUCCGGUUCAUGUGGAACUUGCAGUGCCCCAUGUUUAAAGCCCUUUAUUUCAUGUGUUAAGGAGAAAUUUAACCUUUCCCCUCAUAUAGAAAUAUGAAUUACAGUUUGAAAUGCAUUGCAGCAGAUUCUGAGUUGUUUGCUCAACCCUUGUGAGUAAUUUGAGCAGGACAGAUGUGAUGUCAUGCAUUAGUUGAAACAAGAUCAGGGUGUUAACCUUCAUUAGGCAUUGGGUUUAAGCGAAACUGCAGAGACAGGAGAUUUUGGACAGCCGGAUGUAGUGAUAGAUGAUCUCUUAUAGUAGUCAUGAGGGCAAUCACCAGAUCAUUGAUGGACACAUCAGGUAACACCCUCUGAUAUAUAUAAAAUCUUAUGUCAGAUCCAGAGAGGAUCAAACAGAAGGAAUCUCCAGCCCAAGAAGGAACAUCUCCACAGGAAUUUUAACUUAAAAUAUUCCCUUCUUCUGAAGAACGUAGAGAAACCUGAAAAAGUAGAAAGGUUGGGGCCAUGGCAAGUAAGCCUCAUAAGAAGACUUGGGAUGAAGAAAUGGCACGUUUAUUUCCUAUUGCUGGAGGAGAGGGUCAUAAAUUGCCUGAACCCCACUUGUUUAAAUUUUGGGAUCUUAAUCACAAAUACUUCUUUUUGGUGGAGAACAAGUUAGUGGCAGAUGUGAAAACUCCUGGUUCACCAGAGCAGUUAAUGGCCAUGCUUCCAAAUAAAGCUCUAGAUUCAGCACAAUAUCCCAUGUUUAUGGGCCCUGAAAAGAAGAAGAGCUGCCUGUCUUGCGUGAAGUCUGGGACUGGCCAAUAUCAGAUAGAGUUGAAAGAGAAAGAUAUUAAGGAACUUGAUAAAGAUCCCCCAAAUGCCAAAGCUUUCACUUUUUAUAGUAAGCAGGAAGGCAACGGUGAUAAAUGCACUUUUGAAUCUGCAGAGUUCCCAGGUUGGUUCAUCAGCACUUCUUCAGAAGCCAAAAAGCCUAUUGGCUUGAGUCAAAAAGGAGGAACUCAGAACAUCCUGUUUUACUUUGAAAAAAAAUCAUGAGUCAGAAACACUGUUCUGCAUCUAUGUGUCUAAUAGACCUUGUGCAUACAAAUUGUAAUGGAGCUAGAAUGUAUGAUUAGGCCAAUGAGUAGAUUUAGAUAGUAUCCUUCAAAAAACUUUGGAAGAAUUGUCUCAUAUUUGGGGGAAGGUGCAAUACAUCUUAUGGAUAA